UGUACUUGAGGAGAUUGGAUAAUGGUAGCGCCCAUUCUACAACAUGCGUUGGCUUCCGACAGCUUAAUGACAGGGAGGACAAACAUGCUGUUUAUAUACUGACGGUGGAUAAGAGAACUAUCAUUGUAUACCAAGCCCUGUGAUCCUUUGGCAUUGAUCUAAAAGAAUGUGGUCAUAUACAUGCUUUGCAGUACGUUGCUGGAACCUUGUGAGGCCAUGUCAUCAUUUGCAAAGACACGUGAGGCCAAUCCGUCAUCUGCAAAGAUAUUUGUCAUCAACAGUGGGGAAAAGCAGAGAACAAGAUGACAUGCCUGUUUUUCAGUAUGUGGGGGAGAGGUCCAAAAGAAAAGACCGUGUGUUUGUUUGGGGCUUUUCUUUCACAGGGGCUCUGGGGAUCCCUAGCUUUGUCCUUCCAGACACAGGAAGAAAGAAACUAAAGAGAUUCCAAUCUACUCCAUAUAGGUUGGAUGUGGAUGAGAAGAUAUCUUCAGCAGCCUGUGGCUAUGGAUUUACACUUUUAUCCUCCAGGACACAAAAUAUCACAAAGGUGUGGGGAAUGGGACUAAACAAGGAUUCCCAGAUUGGGUUUCACAGGAGCAGAAGAGAUCGGACUAAAGGAUAUGAUUACAUCCUGGAACCUUCACCUGUUCCUCUUCCCCUGGAUAAACCACAAGAAACACGAGUGUUGCAGGUGUCGUGUGGUAGGGCACAUUCUCUCAUCCUGACUGACAAUGAAGGAGUUUUUAGCCUGGGAAACAAUUCAUACGGACAGUGUGCCAGAACAGUAAUUGAAGGAGAAAUAUACAGUGAAAGUCAGCUGAUUCACAGGGUUAUGCAGCUGGACAGUAACGUUGUUCAGGUUUCAUGUGGGCAGGAUCAUAGCCUGUUUAGGACAGAAAAAGGCAAUGUAUAUUCAUGUGGCUGGGGAGCAGAUGGGCAAACAGGUCUUGGCCAUUACAACAUCUGCAGUGUUCCUACAAAGCUGCGCGGGGAUAUGGAUGGGGUUAAUAUUGUCCAAGUAGCCACUUAUGGAGAUUGUUGCUUAGCUGUUUCAAUAGAUGGAGAACUGUUUGGCUGGGGAAAUUCUGAGUAUCUGCAGCUCUCAUCUAUUACUGAUGCUACCCAGGUCAAUUUUCCCCGGCACUUACCUUUCCGACAUGUUGGGAAAGUGAAGCAAGUAGCGUGUGGAGGAACUGGCUGUGCUAUCUUGAAUGAUGAAGGGAACGUCUUUGUUUGGGGUUUUGGUAUUCUUGGGAAAGGACCAAACCUUCUGGAAACACAAACACCUGACAUGAUUCCUCCAACUCUUUUUGGCUUUUCGGACUUCAGUCCAGACAUCAAAGUGGCCAAAAUAUGCUCAGGACUUGGAUAUUUUGCUGCGGUUAACAAUCGUGGUGAGCUUUUUGUUUGGGGCAAGAAUUUAAGAGGCUGCCUGGGUACUGGAAGGAAUGAAGAUCAGUAUUUUCCUUGGCGGGUGACUGUCCCUGGAGAAGUGAUAGAUGUUGCUUGUGGAGUGGAUCAUACAGUUGCUCUGGUGAAAUCAUUCACAUGAGUAAAGGUUUAAAUCUAGUGAAAUGGAUUGUUUAAUCCAUUUUAACCUGAACUUUUUGCUGCUCCCUCCAGUAAUUUAGUUACUGGGCAUUUGUUGUGUGCAAAUAGCCUGUCAAUCAAUUCACAGACAAUUACUUCAUCUUGGGAAACUGAUGUCUGAACUGUACAAGCUGAUAUUUAUAGUUCUAUUUCUGGAAGAUCAGCUUUAACUGCUUGGAAAACCCAUGCAUAAAACCAGUCACAUAUCAAGCUGUUACUAUUAAUUUUUUUUUAUUCUCACCAAGGAGACAAAAUCUUUUUAAAAGUGAGAGAGAGGUUUUUGAAGUAGUGGAUGAGCUAUAACACAAAUAUAAUCUAGCUCAUUCUGUAUUGGAGGUGUAUGAAUUUUAGUAUGUGGAGGCUGUCCUAUAGGUAUAGUAAAUACACAUAAGAAAUGAGUAACAACUUGAUUGUGGCAAGAAGAUGCACUAAAUUUCUAAGACAAUCUAGGACUGGAAAUGCCACGCCAACGAAGGAUUGUUCUGUGCCACAGAGAUGGCAUGUGACCAACAAGCUGUAAACAAUCCGCCAGAUUUAGUGCCAGCUUUUGACUCGGUGAGUACAUCUACUGAAGUAAUCCAGGCUAGUGUACCUCUGCUUGCCACUGACACACCUCUAUAGAUUUAGGUUUCAUGAGAUCAAUGCUUAAGAUUCCUUUAGUCACCAUUAUGCAGCAAAUGUAAGCAAAACAAAAAAAUCCCAAUAAAUGGCACAGUAGAAAUGAUAAAACCAGCAAUUUAAUGCAGUUCUAUGAUUUGUGUAUAAAUUGUGUUUUGACCCAUGCUCCUUGGAAAGCGCAAAAAGCAAAAUCUAUAACCGAGGUUUUCGGAAUACUGCAAAUUGCCCAAACAAGCUUCUUAAAGGGACUUUAAAGUGCUGAGUACAAGUACAGUAGCAUGGCUACUACUUAUCAUGCAUUGCAAGGCAGACAAGUUAUGGAGCAGCGGUCUUUAAACAAGGGGCACCAAGCUCCAUACGGAGCUUGAUAAAUCGGCCCCUAUAUGUGAAGAAGUAGCACGCUAAUAAUUUUUCAGUGAGAAACUGGCACUUUUUUUUUUUUCUUUUUUUACAGGAGACCCAGUGGAUUCAAAACUAUACUAUUAUUUUAUGUAUGUAUCAUGACAUGUGAGAUACAACAAAAAGUGUGAAAAAGGCAUUUUUUUAAAUUUAAAAAAUUAAUAAACAUGUUGUUUGAAAA